UCGCAGCGUCUGAGUUUUGUAGUUCUGUCAAGCAUGUCGAUUAUUAGUCUUGCUAUUUUUUGUAGAUAUUUGAUGAAACACAUGAACGUGUAAGGACUGUACUUAUAACUUCCAUGUUCGCGACGCGGUCACAGGCACUGACUUAAUUAAGUUGCCAAGAAGCUUCCUUCUCCGUUUACGGCUAACGAGCGUUAGCUGAGCACCUAUUUGUGAAUUAGCUUGCCGCUGGAAGCGCUAGCGAUCCUCGUAUGGAUAAUAUUUGCUCUUACAGUUUGCUGUAACGCCAAGAAAGAUGGACUGGCUCAAGACUGGUACGCCGAAUUCUUCAAGUUUUGGAUUCAGAGCCACAUUAAAACGUUUAAAGGUGCAGUAUCUCAGUCACGCCUGAAAGUGAAGUCACUCUCUUUUUGACGCAAAACGACCUGUUGAAGUUGAUUUCCAGUACUGCAACCUGCAUGCCUGAGCCAAUGUACGUUUCCUUCCUUCGUGUGAUCUGAAGUGUCCCAUGCACAAUGAGACAACCUAUCAGCAUUGGAGUCACAAUACUGUGUAAAUGCAACAAGAGUGGAGAAAUGACGUCAGGGAAGGAAAUGUUUUUUAUUUGGAUCAAGAUCCAAAAUGAACAGGGUCCAAACCUAUCUGUGUAAUUUUUUUCUAAGGAUAUUUUUGUUUGACACUUUCUUUAUGGUUCUCCAAGAGGCUAUUCUAGUAAGGUGCUUUCCACGUCUUUGUGCUUGCCAUUGGAGAAGGAAACAGGGAAUACCCCAGAAGUUCUGGCAGAAGAGGACAAACAAGAAACCUGCACUAAACAAAGAGGCCAGCAGUUACAUAACCAACAGGCAAGGUCGUUCUUUAAAAAAAACAACAAAAAAACAAACAAAAGCACAACAAUGCAGCAAGGAGACCAAUGUGACAACUGAGGUCAAGGUUGCUCCGUGUUGCUGGCACUGAAUGAUAUUGCAGCUGUUGUCUUUCUACUUCUUCAUACAUGUGCACCAGGGCUCCAGCUCAGUCACAACUCAAUAUUACGUUUAACCACUUCUCUUUUUUUUUGGGUUAAAUAUUCAGAAACCCUUCAAUUUCAUCUAGGUGAAUGGAUGUACGGUUGGAUUCCCUCACCCUCCCUCCUUCGGUGCUUUUUGCAUUCCAUUGACAUCCCUCCUGCAGCUCGUAGGUGAGGUGGUUUGAAUGAGCCACCUCUGUGGUUGAGGGAUGCCCCGACACAGGAAAACCAAGCUACUUCACUGGCCCUCUAACAGACUGUUCUUUCAAAUAACAUUUCAGGACUGAAAGGGAUUUUUUUUUUCCCCCGUAAAGAACUUUUUUUUUUUUUUUUCUUUCUUCCAUGUUGGUGUAAUUUUGGACUCUCUCCCCAGUCAUAUCCCCUACAGUCAACUAGUGCAGACCGUACUACAAAUGGGACCAUUUUCUGUUUUAGCCUUCAGGCUGUCCUUUAAGAUGUGGAGUGAUUAGAAGCAUCUUUGUUUGACUAGGUGAGAUUCAUUAAAAUCAGGAGGCAAGGGAAGAUGAACACAAAGUAGUCAGGUCAUUAUCACAGACAAUUCACCUUUCAAGUUCUGCUCUCAAGCUCUUUCUUCUAAUUGCUUUUUUCCCUGCAUUUUUUUUCUUUUGUGUCCAUCUUCUACCCUAAAAAGCCUACCUUUGCUAAUUGCUGUACCUCACUUAACCAACUUAUUAAACUGUUCCAAGUCACCCUAACCAACCAGUUUACAGAUACAAGACAUCAUCCUGUCAACUGAUGGUGUUUGAAGCAGAAUAUUUGAUAGAUUAGCUGAGCAAAACCUUUAGUAAAGGUGUUCCAUUUUUUUUUAAGACCACUUAUUCUAGUUAAGAGUCACGAAGGGCUGGAGCCUGCCUAUCCCAGCAGUCACUGGGUGAGAGGUCGGGUACACCCUGAACAGGUCGCCAGUCUGUCACAGGGUCUGACACAUAUAGGCAGAAAAAACACAUUCACACUUCCUGUCACAUGUGCAGUUAAUUUUAGAAUACAUUUUGUUUAUGAAUUUUAAAUGGGACCAAAUUACAUUUUUUUUUAUAAGUCUGAUUACUUUUUGUAGAUGUGAAUACAGCUGUUUUAAUUACAAAUCUAUGGAUUUCUAAGCUUUUAUUUACCUGCUUAUAACUAAUUCCAUUUUAAAAACACAGCAAAGGCAAUUUAUCAUGAAGAAUGUUUUCAUUGAUGUAAUUAAUUCCUCUACUGACACAAACAUACAGACAACCUUUGUUCUUUGCAAUCUGCGGUUUGUUUUUGGCAACCUUACGACUUGUUUGAUGAGUGAGAGUGAAAGAAAGCUUUGAAGCAGAUCAGUUAAUUUCUUACUCAUACCACCGCACAUCAGGAGUAAUCUAAGAAAACAAUGGCACAUUCCUUGCUUUCUUCCUCCGUCUCCCUCAAGUUGACAAUAUAAUGCUUUCAUUCUAUGUCUUCCUUUCUAUUGUACAUUCAGGCUCUUGGGUUUUUCCAGUCUGUCAUUUCCCAGCUUCCCCAAACACACAUGCUCUCUGCCUCACACAUGCAUGCACGCAAAUACCUGAAGAGACACUUAUCUCUCAAUGACGCCUUCCUUAAAAUAACAGUUGGUGAAUACACACAACACAGGAAGUGAUGCCAGGUGGGAGCAGCAAGGGUGGUGGGCGGGGUCCAUCCUCCUCUCCCCUCCCCCACACAGUGGUUCCACCCAGUCGACCCUUGCGGCCGUCACGCUAUGUCCCGGUGUCAGCUGCCACUUUCUUCCUUGUUGGGUCCACAACGCUCUUCUUCUGCUUCACGUGUCCGUGGCUUUCAGAGCGUUUUUCUGUGGCUGUGCCUAUUUACAAUGGAGUCAUCUUCCUGUUUGUUUUGGCAAAUUUUUGUAUGGCCACAUUCAUGGAUCCUGGAAUCUUUCCCAGAGCGGAGGAAGAUGAGGACAAGGAAGAUGAUUUUCGUGCCCCACUCUACAAGACGGUGGAGAUCAGGGGGAUCCAGGUCAGAAUGAAGUGGUGUUCAACCUGUCGCUUCUACAGACCGCCACGAUGCUCCCACUGUUCAGUGUGUGACAACUGUGUGGAGGAGUUUGACCACCACUGUCCAUGGGUGAAUAACUGCAUCGGUAGAAGGAACUACCGUUACUUUUUCCUCUUCCUCCUGUCGCUGACAGCCCACAUCAUGGCUGUGUUUGGCUUCGGCCUGCUUUUCAUCCUCUACCACCGCCAGAACAUUGAUCGCCUGCAUGCCAUUGUUACGCUGGCUGUAAUGUGCGUUGCAGGACUGUUCUUCAUCCCGGUUGCUGGCCUCACUGGCUUUCAUAUAGUACUAGUAGCCAGAGGCAGGACUACCAAUGAGCAGGUAACAGGCAAGUUCAGAGGAGGUGUUAAUCCUUUUACCAAUGGCUGUUGGAAGAAUGUUUCCCAUGUCCUCUGCAGUUCACAGGCACCCAGGUAUCUGGGCAGAAGGAAGCAUGUUCAAAGUGUGUGUGUGCAGCCUCCUUUUCUGCGGCCUCAGUUGACAGAGGCUCAACUGGCUGCAAAGAUCUUGGACAACGGCAUUCAAGGAGACUUGCACAGGUCCAAGUCCAGUCUGGAGAUGAUGGAGAGCCAGUCAUGUGACGCUGAGCCGCCUCCGCCUCCUAAACCGGAGCUCCGUUACCCUGGAAUCACCAGAGGGAACACAGAGGAGUGUGGCCUUUUGAACAAAGCCCCUCCUACCCCCACCAUGUACAAAUACAGGCCCACUUACAGCCCUGGCAAGAACCACACAGCUCUCACACAUGCUUAUGCAAACCAGUUAAGUCGAGAGGAGAGUGUGGGCAGUGCCAGGGAAUCCUCUUCCUCCACAUCCUCUCUCCUGCAAGCCAACCAGCAGCCUGGUUUCCGCUCCCAACCGAGCCUAGACAGGAGGGACACAUCAUCUGACAGAGUGGGAGGAGGAAGUGGAGAGCGGCGAGACGGUGGAAGAGAGGUGGGAGGAGGAGGAGGCAUCCCUGGCUACUCCCUGGGAGGACGGUCGUAUCCAUCCUUCUCUGACCCCACUGUCCUCUCAGGAGUGACGUCACGAUCGUCCAGCUCCACACACACCUCAACAGGCGCCACUCACAUCUCUGAAUCAACGACCGCCACCGGCAGCUUCAAGAGCUUGGCGAAUCAGACGUCGCCAGCCCAAAACCCAUCUCGCAACGGAAGCCUGUCAUACGACAACUUAUUGGCAGGUGGUGAUGAUUUUAACAAAGGGGCUGCCCAUGAGGUUUCAUCUGGGAGACCUUGUACUCCAGCAGCAGGCGGAUAUACUUCCCCUUUCCUUUCAUCACAGAGAGAUGCUGAGAUAAACUCCCAGUCCUCCCAGUCUCCGCAUCAUCAUCACUCCUCCCACCACCAUCACCAACACCCCUUUCUGCAUCGCUCCUCUUCCUCCACAUCCUCCUCUCCACCGCCUCCCCCAGAGAUGGAGCGCUUGCUGAAUGAGCCUCACCCUGGUGCUCACCCCCCACCUGCUAGUCAGAGCACGGCUCCACCCACUUCCUCUGCUCCGCCUCUCCCACACCAUCAUCACCACCACCACCAUCACCACCACCACUCCCAUCACCACCACCACCACUCAUCUACUUCAACUUCUCGCCCACCACGAUUUGCUGCUCCCCACGCGCCCCCUCAUCACGUGUAUCCUUACCGAACACGCUCCACCGACACCCCUUUGGGGUCGUCCUCCUCAACCAUGCAGCCUCCCCGCUCGCCGCACCCUCCACCGCUGGGCAAGUCGCUCUCCUACUCAAGCGCUGCCGCUGCUGAGAUGCAGUACCGGCUGGUUCGGAAGGCCUCUGCCUCAGCGGGUGCAAAUGCAGCGGGAGUAGGAGGAGCAAGUGGAGGGAUGGGAGGAGGAGGUAUACAAGCACCGAAGGAUGAACUGAUCCAGAUGAAAUCUUUGAGUCGGACUAAUGGGGGCCAGCCCCUCUGCUCCUCCACUUCCUGCUCCGCCCCUACGUCUCCCUCUCACCCUGUCACUGUGUCUGCCCGGCGGGGAGCAGCCUGUCCCAGCUCGGCACUGGUGCAGAGUCCAGCCCAUAAGCCCCAGGGUGGUGGGGUGAAGAAGGUGACAGGAGUCGGAGGCACCACCUAUGAGAUUUCUGUCUGAGUCUGAUUGACAGACAGCAUCCAGCACAGGGACCAAUGGGGUGAAGAAAAGAUUUUGCUGGAUGUGGUUCUGCCUUGACAAGAGACUUCUCAGGAGCAGAAGCAAUUUGCUGUCACACGUCACUCUGAUAGUCUGCAGAGUCGAACUCUACUGGACUCACCCAAACACCCGUCGCAAUAUUUGUGCUGUGAAGCUUGAACUGACGUACACCAGGGCUUUUGUGGUGUAAAAGGCAGAAUUAUUUUCUUAAUCAGUCUUCAUUGUGCACCCUUGCAGAGUUUGGAUUGACCACCCAAAUCCAGGAUCAUGAUUUGGCUCAAGCAGGGUGACUGUUUAUGGGUUCAUACCUUUUAGUUCAGCAGGUAGCAUGUGCUAAUGGUAUCACCAGAUUUGGGGGUUUCCAAGGAUGGCAACCCAUUAAUGGAGCAAGGCAUUAACACUGCCAGGGUUAAGAGUUUGAGUCUAGCUGGGGCCACUCAUAAGAAAGAAUGGGUUUUCAGUGGAACACAUCAGAACUAGAGUAAAUUUGUUAGUUUGGUGUGAAUUCUUAAAACAUAAAGUUUGACCAUUUUUGUGCCGAUGAUAAGAUGAUCAGUCCCAAUCCCUAUUAUAUCAGAAAAAUCCUGAUCAAAACCAAAUUAGAAUCUGUUUAAGGGCUUUGCACGGACCACCAGGUAGCGUUAACGAGCAUAUCAACAGCAGAUGAUGACUGGAGUGGACCUCUUGUAAUACUGGUUUUUAGUGUGAGUCAAACCCGUCUUUAAUAAUCUCAUCCACCAAGUGGAGUGGGGCGUGAUCACCUCGACUUCAUCAGGACUAAGAAAAGACAAAGGACUGGUUUCCUUCUCCCAGGUGUUGUCAUGCAUGGAGUUAGUAACACAAUUCAGCGAGUGUCCCUCUUAGCACCGUAUUCCUGGAGUCACAGAAAUGCCAAACCCCGCCUGCCAGGAGUUCAUUAAUCCAGUAAUAAAGGGACGUGCAAGAUCUGUCACAUCAGCCGCCAUUACAGACAAAGCGCUGUCUGUGAACUGCUUGUGCUGCAGUGUGAAUGGACUUUUUUUUUUUUUUGUUAAACAAAGGGAACAAAAUGACAGAAAACAAGAAAAAGAAUUCCCCCCCCCCCACACACACACACACACUUUUUGAUGAAUUUGAUUUAUUCCUAGAUGUGAAUAUGUUUCCAUGUUUGUACAGGAUGAUGCGACCUUAGUGUUUUUCUUUAAAACAAAAAAAGUGGCGUUCACCGUGGACUGCAGCAUGCCCUAUUCCGACUAGCCACUGGAUGCCGCCCUUAGGCUGUAGGCCGUGCCGUCUGUUGACCAAACACAAAAUAAGGAAACUAAAUUGAAUGAACAAGUGAACAAGAAAAUUGUGUUUUGGCAUUUGUUGUUGUGGAGGCUCCUUAUGACCAAGGCAGAGUUUUCUGCAAAGCCUUGGAAAAUUAGUUUUUUUUUUAAUGUCACUUAUUUAAUUUCAAAUUGUUUUAUAUGAAUUUAUAUUGAAGUAUAGCUGUUGAUAAAUGGAGCAUUUUUAAUACUGAUUCAGAGGGGGUCGUGUCAUCAGUUUUGAGAAAUCAUGAAAAGCAGCUUUUGUGAUUGGAUUUGAAGCUCUGCAUCUCAUCUACAUUUUUAUUUAAAGAACCAGAGUUGUCUUAACUGUCCAUUUCCAUGGCAUUUCUCUCACCAGUUAUUUUAAAUUCCGUCUCUGCGAAUGACGAGCAGAAGUCUGUUAUCAAUACAGUCCAUUAGAACUUAAAUGCAAUGUGAAAAUUAUGUUUUCCACAAAAUUUGUUCCUCACUCUGUUGGGUGUCUAGAACCAGGAUGCCAUCUGAGGAACCAUUUUGUGGUGGAACCAAUACAGCACCUUCUGAACUUACAUCAGGUCAGUAAUAACAAACUGCUCACUUUCCUGUGGCACAUCUGCAAGCUCUUCAUGAGAUGGAGCUGUUUAAAUUUAUCAAAACCAUUCCUUCAUAGGCUGCAAGACGUGCAGUGUAGUAAACGCUACAGUUUCUAUUUGUGUGUAACACCAGUGAGGGCAACUAAAAUUGUAGUGGUUUUGUAGAAUAUGUGUCCCUGACCAAGAACGUCAGUGUCUCCAAGCACAGGGUGGAGGGUUUGGGGGCAGUGCUCAUAAAUUUAUAACAGCAUUUAAUGAAAAUUAAAGACUUGUUUUACAUUUUUAUUUCCAAUUUUCACCUGUAUACACAUAUUUAAUGCUACUUUAUUCUACACUGUGUAAGGUAUAAUCUUACAUACUUCCAUAUUGUACAGUUGAUAUGUACUUGACAGUUGGCAUUAUUUUGUGUAGGGACAUGCGUUUGUUGCCUUUUGCAUUUAUGAAAACGAUAUGUAGCAUGUCGGUAAUUUUUGUGUUUUGUAAAAUCAUACUGUCACAAGGGUCAUCCAAGGUCCUGGGGAUGACCCCAGCCUCUCAUACUUGGGGUCUUGACAGCUUUAACAGAAGUCAAGCGAUAAUGAUUUUUUUUUUUAAAUGAAUACCAUUUGUUGUGCGUUUCCUACAUACUGGAUCAUCCCCCCCCAAAAAAAUGCACCACAUGGCCAAAAUGUCAAAACUGACACUCCCACAAGAUGCAAGUGUUACUUCUUAUGAGUCUCCUCAUUUGACACAAAGUAAUUCCAGCUGUAUUUAUCUGAUUAAACCUAGCACCAAAGGCAUCUAAUCACCUUAGAUCAUUGAUUAGUGUCCAAUUUUGGUAAGUCUGCAGAAGGACCUGGGAGGAGUUGGUCAAUAAACAGGCAGACGUGACCCUGACCCAAUGAUUGACCUUUGGAAAAAUUUGACUUUGCUGGGCAGUUCAGAACCCACCUCUAUAUCUGUGCCAAGAUUGGUGUAAGUUUUGAUCCCAGUGACCUUGACUUCAAUGAUUUGACCCUUAGUGAAUUGGAUAUUGGCUGGGAAGUUCCAGAACCCACCUACAUAUUUAUGCGAAGUAUGGAUGACAUCUGAGUGAAAAUAGAAAGUUUGACCCUAAUAAGUUUUGCCGAAGCCCUUUAAGGUCCGUUCUGGAGUUGAACGUCGACGUACCACGUUUGAUGGAAAUUGAUGCAAGAACCUGGGAUAAAUUCAUGAGCACCCCCCCCUCUGUGGGGGCAUUGAUCAGGGACACUUUCUAUAACAUCGUAAUCAUUACUGGUGUUCAGAAAUCCAUGCAGUACACUUUGACUUGCUGUUUGCAUGCACAGACACAGAAUAAUAAAGGUCCACUUAUGAGUUCUUCCAGUAUCACUUGAGGAGUUGAUCAGCUUUUAGGUUCAAAACCACAGUGGAGUACAAUAUGUCCUGACACGAUGGUGGUUUGACUAAUGCACUAACCCAUCCCCCCCUUCGUAUCCAAAAAAAAAAAAAGUUUAAAUGCAAGGUAGUUUAAGAGUGAAAUUGGUGCUAAAAAUAAAAUUUAUUUCGAGUUUCCACAGCUUUUAAUAUAUCAAAUAUAAGGUCAGAAGAUUGCUUUUAGCUUGAGUCCUAAACAUAAAAAAAUACAUCUGCUUUGGAAAAAUGUAGCUACGUAGCUAAAAUUUCUGUAGUGCAGUCUUCCUCCCCCCCAACUGAUUGCUAGAUUUCAUGGCUGUGGUCCACUUCAGAGCAGGGCUGGAUUUUCUGGAAUCAACAUUUUUAUGUGGAACCCUAAAGUUAGCAAAAAUAAAUCUGUAAUUUGUUGCAGCAGUUGAACUUUAAUUCAGUUAAAACAGUAGGUCUACAUACUACCUCUAACCUGCUUACAGCUCCGAGUAGUCGACACUGCAGCCUUCUGUUUGACCGACGUAAUUUAUUCCAACAGCUUGGAAACUGAUGUAGUGCUGUCGUCUAUUGAUUGGAUUCUCUUCUCCAUAUCGACAUUUAUGCUCCCAUAUGUGGCCGUGAAGUCGUUUCAAUCUGGGAUACAAAUUGCACUGGGGAGGGGAAGAAAUUACUCAAAUUGUGAAGAUGGCAUGAGCAGCUCUGACAAAAUUAAUUAAGUACAUGUGCAGUAUUUUAAAUGUCUUACUUUUUUUUUUUUUUAAUACAGCAUGGCAACACCAGCAGGCAAGCAAUUGAUAGAAAUUCAGGGGCAUUUGAUUUGUGACAUCACAGUUUAAUUUUACAUUGUGCUGCUUAAAGUCUUGCAAUGAAGCAGGAGUUUUAGGGGAAAGGAAGAUCUUAAUUAAAAAGCAAUUAUGCCUUUAAUUUAAGAUGGUUUGCACUGCAAGCUCAUCUAUGUUUUCAUCUCUAAUAUUCAGUGAUACAGUUGCUAAAGAUGCACCGUAUGUGUAUAUGUCAGUGCCCAAAUAUUUAUGGACAUAAUGGGGAGCUAGGUGGUGAGAGGUGUGGGGAAGUUGCACACCCUUGGCUUGCGUUUUUGUGUCAGGAAUAAUUGCAGCAUAAUCAUAAUUUAAAAACAGGAUUUGUGUGCAUAGUUUUAUUGUCAAAUAAAGGCAUACUGAGCAAACAUGCACAUACCUUGACAUGGAAAGAUUUAACAUGAUUGGUCAAAAUUCAAGUAAGUACAAUUAACAGUUUUAGUAAGAUGUGGCGAUUAAAAACUUGACAGUAUCAAAAA